UUCUAAGCGACACGUUGUUGUUGACUUCCUCAUCACACCGCGACCAAGAAAAUGGCUGCGCGUGGGGUCCUUCGCUGCCUGUCUUCCAACUUUUUAUCCGUCUUACCUUCGAUUGCACCUUCGGUCCAACACAAUCCACGACUCCUUACAUCUAUAUCGUCUUUUCAACGUGCUCUCGCCACAUCCAGUCGGCUCUCUGCAGCGCUGAAAUUCACAGACAAGCACGAAUGGAUCAGAGUAGAAGAGAGUGGGGUAGGAACCGUCGGAAUCAGUAACUUUGCCCAGGAAGCUCUCGGAGAUGUGGUUUACUGUGGACUACCCGAAGUCGGCGCCAAGCUGGCUCAACAAGAUGAGUUUGGUGCCCUUGAGAGUGUGAAAGCUGCCAGUGAGCUGUACUCUCCUCUCACCGGAGAGGUUGUGGAGAUAAACACUCUGCUGGCUGAUAAGCCCGGACUGGUCAACAAGUCAUGCUACACAGAUGGUUGGCUGAUGAAGAUGUCCAUCGAUAACCCCGCUGAGCUGGAGGCUCUCAUGGACGAGAAGGCGUACGAGAGGUACAUCCGCUCCAUCGAGGAUUGAUCUCAAUCUCCCCGACCGGUCCCACACGACCUUUUCUCUGUACCCCCGUCGGGAGGGGUCAUGCAUGUGUACCCAUGGCCAAGCGUCUACCGUUCUACACUGGAACGGUUAUCAGUCAAAUGAUCUCGGAUGUUAUUGACAGAUCUUCCAAUCACCCCGUCCACCUUUUAUUGACCAAUCAAUCGCGCCAACGGGGAUGAUGUAGUGUUUAUUGGCCCCGUGAUUUCAAACAACCUGAAGAGUUUUCUAGUCUUUUCGUUACUUAAGCAUUUCAAGUACGUUGAAGACUGAAUUACCUCUGUAGGGGUGAAGCCCUGUUGGGCCUUACCAUGAAGUAUAAGCACUGAUGUAACGAAGACCUUGUUGGUAACGGACAUGUUAGGUAGAAGGUUGAAUAAAAACAAAACAUUGAAA